UAACGUCUUCAGACAAAACCUGAGCGAUCCUUGGAGUCGGAACCCUUAAAGGCGAUUCCGCGUGCCCUUGUGAGGCGUCUUGGAAUGUAUUCGGAAUAUGUUUGGCACCAGUGGGAUUAAGAGUUUGUUGUUAUCAGCCGCCGAUACCGAGGGGGUUGCCUGACAGCCACAACAACCAACAAUGACAAUAUUCGCACCCCAUUACAGGACCGCCUAUUCCUUAUGGGUCUUUUUCGUUUCUUUGGAUAUAAAUCUAUUCGAGAUAGAAUGUACGAGUGUAGCAGAAGUAGACCGUCACUUGGAGAUGGGGGUUCAGAUGUUAGCUAAAGGUCAGCUUCAUGAUGCCUUGUCACACUUCCAUGCUGCAAUAGAUGGAGACCCCACAAACUUCUUAAGUUACUAUCGCCGUGCCACUGUUUAUCUAGCUCUUGGUCGAUCACGGCCAGGCCUUCAAGAUUUAGAUGAAGUUAUUGAACGAAAACCAGAUUUUACAGCAGCUAGAGCUCAACGUGCAGGAGUCUUGGUCAAGUUAGGCAGACUUGAAGAAGCGCAUAUCGAUUUGGAGAAUGUGUUACGAAGAGAGCCAGGUCAUGAGGAAGCAAACAAACUUUACACGUUAAUUGAACCACUGAAACGAGAAAUACUGGAAGCUUAUUCAAGUGUGAGAACCAGUCGUCACCAGCAUGCUAUUCUCUUGUUAAAAAACAUCAUUGAGCGUUGUCCUUGGGAUGCUUCCCUACGUGAGUUGCGUGUUGAAGCGUACCAAGCCGUGGGUGAUGUGAUGAAUGCUAUUGCAGACAUGCGUGUUACCACCAAACUCGUUCAAGAUAACACUCAGGGCUUCCUGAAGCUAGCGAAUCUGUAUUACCAAAUUGGUGAUGUUGAACAGGGACUGAGUGAAAUACGCGAGUGCUUGAAGUUAGAUCCAGACCACAAAGAAUGCUUUCAAUUUUACAAGAAAAUAAAAAAAGUCAGCAAGUUUAAUAAUGAUGCUCAGGAUUUCAUUAAGGAUAAGCAAUAUGAAGACUGUGUCAUCACUGCCAAGAAGAUUCUGAGAGAAGAAAAGGAGGUGGUAGAAGUACAGUUCCUUGCCUAUGACAAGUUGUGUCAGUGUGAAGUUCAUAUGAACCCUAGUGAAGCAAUCAAAUUUUGCAAUAAGGCAAUAAACAUUAAAGAAGAAGCCAGACUGUAUUGUGAUCUGGGUGAAGCGCACAUUGCCGACGAGAUGCUUGACGAAGCUGUAAAUGAUUUCCAAAAAGCCUUGAAUAUUGACGAAAACUUACAAAGAGCGAAGGAAGGUCUGGAAAAAACACAGAAACUUAAAAAACAAGCAAGCAAGAGAGAUUACUACAAAAUCCUAGGAGUUAAACGAACGGCUAACAAAAAAGAAAUUACUAAAGCGUAUAGAGGCCUAGCACAGAAAUGGCAUCCCGAUCACUUUGAUGGAGAAGAAAAGAAAAAGGCAGAAAAGAUGUUUAUCGAUAUUGCAGCAGCCAAAGAGGUGUUAACAGAUGAAGAGAUGCGUGCUAAGUUUGACAAUGGAGAAGAUCCACUAGAUCCAGAACAACAGCAGGGAGGACCUGGUGGUCAUGGUUUCAACCCAUUCCAGCAUUUCCACUUUCAUCAAGGUGGUUUUCCAGGGGGUGGCUUUCACGGAGGAGGCUUUAAGUUUCACUUCAAUUAGCUCUCCCAUAGUGUUUAUAUUAGAAGAUCUAUUUAUGAGUACGUAUGGAAGUAUACGUGUGACUAAAGGAAAGAUUUAACUAAAUCCUAACUGUUUUCCUUCAUAUCCUGACUACACCCAUGGAACAACUGGAAGCUUGUGUAAAUACUUACCUUGAACAUAAGUAGCUCUCAUUGUUCAUUCCCAUUUGUCAUUUUAGGAUCAUCUUUUAAUCGGGGAUUAUCCUCUGUGCCACCAUCAAUAAAAGAAGCUUAAUGCUUCAGUGCCUUGCAUUUUGACUAUUUUGUUUUGUUAAUGGUCAAUUAUUUAAUUUUGUAUUGGGGAUAAUAUUAAUUUUUCUUUGAGUUUCAGUUUCCAUGUAAUGUUACUGUGACCCACAGUGGGUUAAGCAUUGCUUUAUUUAAAUGAAAGCAAACUUUGUCAUGCUCAAUAUUUGGGUCUAAAUAUGGUCAAUAUCCCAGUGGUGCAAAUUGAAAUAAAUUCUUGAGACUUGCAUUAUAGUUUAAACGCAUUGAAUUUUUAAGUAUAGCAUUGUUCUUAGAAGUUGACCUAUACCUAAGAAAAAGAUAGUAAUUUCAAAAUGCCAUUUAAAAAGAUAAAUAUUUGGAAAUGAAAAGCUGUAUCCAUUUUGAAAUUACAACAGAUAGGUGCUUUUGUGAAACUUACGGUACAAAAUCCUAAAAUCGAAAGGUAAAUAUGUUGACCCGGCCGUAGUAUUCCAGUGAAGCACAAAACACUUGUCCGAUGCAGGUAAUGUUUGUGAUAUAUAUUUUAAUUUAUGUAAACUUCUGAAGCAUUUCAUGACAAUAUUCAGAAGUGAAGUUCAGCUUUACAAGUUAUCAACUUAUUGUUUUGAUUUUUAAAAUCCCCUGAUGUUUAUAUUUCCUACUAGGAAUAGGUUUAACAUUGUUAUGUAAAUAUACUUGUAUAAAAUCCUUAUGAAUUUUAUGUAAGGCCUAUGAUGUAUGAAUAUGAAAACUCAUGGCAUUGUACAUGGUUAUAUGAAAUUGUCAUACAUAUAUUUGUUAGCCAGAAUAUAGACAAGGAACCUAUCUAAAUUUCUAGAUAUUAAAUAACUUUUCCCAUUAGUGUUACAAAUUCGUAUCAUUAAAGUCUAGUUGAAAUGUGUCAUACCCAGCAUAAUCAACGUGCUCCUACAUACACUGAAUUGCGCAUUAAUCUCGUAUCUAACAGUUUAACAUUUGUACAAUUUGAAUACAAUUCCAGUGCCAAGGACUUUCAAACUUUUCUGUUAAAUCCUUUUCUUCAAAUGAUUCAAUUGAAUUAACAAAUGUAUUAAUGUCAUAUGGCAGACUAGCAUUUCAGGUUUGGCCACUAACUGUGUUGAUGACGGCACACCUUGGGCCAAUACAUCAUUUUACAUAUCACUCGUACCUCAGAUUUUGCCAUUUAAUAUGUGAAUGGCAGCACAGCCUGGGCAGUUACUCCAUAUUACAUGUCGCCGAUACCUCAGGCUCGUUUACUACCAUGACGAAUAACAUCUUGGCAUUCAACACCUUCAUGUUGUCAAUAAUUGGUGAAAAAUAAAAUUUGAUUUGGAAA